AUGGCUCGUCCAUCGAAACAAAAACGCGCCGCCAGGAUGCGGGCGAAAGUGAGGCGCGCGGCACCGCAGAAGCAGACACAGUCGCCCCAGAACACAGAGAACCAGCAGACUACAGAGGAAGAGACGCAGGUUACGAAUGAGGAUGAGUUCCAUACACCGAUGGACAAUGGGAAUCAUAUGCCUGUGGGGAUGUCCGCUCAGAAGCUUGAGGCGGACUCUGCCAGCAAGAACCAACUUUCACACACUUCGGAGCAGGUGAUGCAGUUUUUGAAUAAUGCCAACGUCACCGGGGGAGUGAGCGUCCGCGCAACACAGUAUGAGACAGAAUCUUCGGAUGAGAACGAAGGUCUACAAUUCUCUACACAGAUUACACAGCCUACAAAUGAUGCAAAGGAAGAGACCAGAAAUGAAGUGAGCGUACUCGGUAGACAGCGCGAGAAUCACGCGACCAAUGAUAAAACUCAACAACACACAAACCAGCAGACAAAUCAAUCGAAGUACAUUAAGAAGGAGACGGAGGCCACCACACAACAUGAGACGAACCUCCCUACCAAUCCUCCCCAAACCAUCAAGCAAGAAACACAACCUCCGACCGCCACCGAAGAAACCACCGAGCGAGUAAGCAUGCUGGCAAAGAAGCGCAGAAGGCGCCCGGUCCCAGUCCAAGCACCGCAACCCGCCCCAGAGCCUACACCAACAUACAAAUUCACAUCACCGCCGACCCUCGCCCACCCCAAGACCCGACCCACAAUCGCCAACCCACAACCCCCAAAGGCCACAAAACGCAAAGCCUCAGAGCCCGCCGAGAGCAUCGACCUCGGCUCGCCCAAGAAACAGAGCUCCAAGAAACGCAAAGCCCGAGUCGCUCCCGAGAUUGUCGAUCUAUCUUCACCCAAGCCCGCUCCAAGAGAGCACGGACAGAGGCCGAGCCCCAAGAACCUCCGGAAGCGCAAGCCCGUCGACCCGUCCGAGACGAUCGAUCUCCGCUCGCCGAUCAAACGCACGCGAAGCUUGGCGUCUACCUCGCCUCGCAGGACCAGAAGUUAUACGAAGCAAGCCGUCCACCCGCCACAGAGGCAGGCCAUCCCCAACCAAGACUCCAAGGAGGGGAAGGGAGGUAAACGGGUGGAGUGGGCGGACCGGGACACCCGCAAACACACCACCGUUCCGCAGCAGGGCUCGACCAGCAUCAAAAAAGAGGAACAACCGCACCGAAUCCUACCGGAUAGAAGCCAGAUCUGCAAGCCAGCCCGCUCCGACUCCGACUCCCAGCCCAAGGCCCAAGUGAAAGUGAAGCGCGAACCGACCUCGCAACCACCCCAAACCCCUUUCCCCGAGAACGAGAACGAGAACGAGAACGCAACUCCCUUCUACACCCCCCUGCAACAAGCCCUCCUCUCCCAAACCCAAGCCGUGACCAACGCAACCUACGAGGUCCUCGAACGCCGCCUCGCCAGCACACAAGCCACCGCCGCGCGUCGCGUGCGCACCACCCUCGCCACCGAGACUGAGACUGACACCGAAACCGACACCGACAUCGACGCCGCACACGACCCGAUCCCGCCCCUCCCGCUCGGCCGCGUCCUCAAGGUCGCCAAAUACCUCGACACGAACGUCCUCUCCCGCCUGACGCAAACCUGCAAAACCCUGUACCGCCAACUGACCCACGAGCUCCAACUCCGCCAGGACCCGACCUCCAUCCCGGACAGCGCCUGGCAAACAGAAAUCCGGCUGGGCCUCUCCGACGCCGAAGGCCGACGGACCGUCGAAUGGCUCCCGGGCACAGGAUACUACCCUGGCCCAAUGGAGCUGGCCACACAGCACGGUCGCGUCGACGACGUCCGCGCAUACCUCCUCAAGGGGGCGGACCGCAACUGCCUGAACGCGUACGGCAUCCGGCCGCUCCGCUGGGCGGUCGCCACCGGCCAGCUGGGGAUCGUGCGACUCCUGCUGGAAGACGAAGCGGACCCGAACCUACCCGACGAAGACGGCGCGGGGGGCGCCCUCGCCGGCCCAUUCGUAGGGCCGGGGACGGAGACCGAGACGUUCAUCGAGACCCUCCUGGACGCCGGGGCACAAAUCCGAUGCAUGGACGCCUUCACGAACCUGUGCCACUCGCGCAAAGCCGCGGAGUACCUCAAAUACGCGAUCGCGAACGGCAGCGCCAGCACGCUCGGCCACCUGCGCGGCCCCGCAGGGACGACGGUCCUCCACGUCGCGGCGCAGAUGGGCCACAAAGCCAUCGUGAACAUCCUGCUCCACGAGACGGAGGGGGUGGCCAUCGACGCGGUCAACGACCACGGCCAGUCGCCACUGCACCUGGCGCUGCGCGAUGGCAACGAGGCGACGGCGCUGGCGCUGAUCGACGCCGGCUGCGCGCUGAAUCUCGCCGAUAAUUUCAACCGGGAUGCGCUGGCCCUGGCGAUUGAGAAGGGGUACGCCGAGGUCGUGCGCGCGAUGCUCGAGGCGCCCCCCGCGGCCGGGGUGGAUUUCCGGGCCACCCGCAAGUACGGCCAUCGGCCCUCGGCGGAGAUGACCCAUCUCGAGGGCGCGUUUUCGUUUCGCCGGUUCGGCAUCAUGAAGCUGUUGCUUGUCGGGAGGGUGCAUGCCGUCGAUGAGGCGUUGCAGAGGCGGUGUCGCGAGUUGGCGAGGACGGAUCCCACGUAUGGGGAGCUGUGCGAGGAUGUUUCGUUGUUGAUGGGGAGUAGUAUGUUGGGGUUUGAUUCGGAGGAGGUGGAGACGGAGGUGGGGACCGAGGUUGGGGAGGAGGAGUGA